CAAAGACCCGAGACUAGAAAAAUCCAAGGACAGGCGUCGACAUGCCCGGGCUCAUCGUCUCGCUCAAGUCGUUCAAGUACUCGAUCACGGGCAGCUCGAUCACGACGAGCAAUCGGAGCUCAUCCCGAAGUGAUGUGCCGACCAAGGACAACGAAAAAACGGCGGUGUACGUCGCUCUGGCCCGAGUGGCGUCGAAUGUUGUAGCUGGCAUGAUCCUCUUCUUGCCGACGCUCACCCUCGUGGUGCUGAUCACUCAGGGCAUGUUUGACCGGCUAGUCGUGUCGGUGAACACCCAGACGGCCGGAAUGUACUGGGCCGACUACGGCAAGGAGUGCGUCGUGGCGGCAGGGGGAUGGGUGCCUGACACCUGCAACGCGCAAACGAACGCUGUCGUUCCCAUCACGGCGUUUGCAGCGAUCGGCACUGUCUUGGCGGACCAGUGGUCGCGUGAAAUGAAGGAAGCGGGCGGGUCGUUGAAGGUUACGACGUGCAUCAUUGGGGGCACGGCAAACGUGGGGUGGGCCAACUUGCAAUUCAUCGCGGGAUACGACUACUUUCCCGACUGUUUGCCGACCGCUCCCCAAGACGUUGCUGGCAUGGCCAUGCUAGAGACCACGAUUCGCGACAAUCACGACGAAGGCGUGUACUUUUUGACUCUGUACUCGGAUUUGGAUCCAGCCAUGACGGUGUACAGCUAUGCCAACUCGGACGGAACAUUUCAAAACUUGAUGGCGAACCCACGGCACACGAUCAUCACGGCCGAUGGACAGACCGAGCCCGACUUGGUCGGCGGCGACUACAUUAUCUAUUCCCGUCCGCUGGGCGAACGGUACUUGGUGACAGGGUACUGUCGAACCGAGAUCGAAGAGCUGAGCCAAGUGAAGGUCGACCAAGGGCUGGAAGGAUGGAGCCAAGGCAAACAGUCCAAGCUUCCUGUCGCCCCGGGAUGGGCGUGCGGGCACAAAGUGUCGAACGCAACCGAGUUAAUCGUGCUUCAAGUUCUGUUUGCGAUCGGGACGCUUGUCCUUUUUGCAGGCGACAUCUACAUCACAUUUGAAGGGUUUCGAGGCGUCUUGAAAGGCAAGCCCGUGCUCACGUACACGGUCUUGUCAGGCUUGGAACGUCGCAAGAUGCUGCUCGUGUUCACUGUGCUGAGCGCGAUGCCCGGGUUGCUGUACUCGGACGUGUCGCGCAUCUACUACUUUACCGAGAACGGGUUCAAGAUCUGGACGCUGUCGUGCAUCAUGAUUGCCAAUUUCUUUUCGUUCGGCCUCGUUCUGUUUGUGAGCUUUGUUGACAUGAUUCCGCUCCGUCUGUCGCGCGUGAUGAGUUACUCGGCGCCGUUCUUCUUGUACACGUCGAUCGCGGCCAUCACGAUCGCUUGUUGCAACGACUCGACGUACCAGUUUGCGUACAACAUGUUUUACGCCGCGUCGCCGUUAGUCACGCUCCAUGUGAACGAUGCCGACUGGCCGAGCGGGUCGUACACGGCGGCUGGCACGCCCAUCGCGAUGUCGCACUUGGAGACUGCUGUCGUCGCGCCGCUCUUUAUCUGCUUUGCAUGUGCGGUAUUCCUCUCCGCCGUCGUUCGAUUCGCCGCCCACCAAUGUGUGCUCAUGAACUUGUCAUGGUGCGCGACCAACUCGUUCCUGACGCACGUGCAAGUGCCGAAUUGUAUCACAUCGCUGCCCCUCGAGCAGUCCAACGCGAUCCGAAUUGGCAGCAAAAUGUACUGCAAGCCGAGUACCCAAGCACUGAUGGGGUAUGCCACCGUCGUGGCUCGGGGCGAGUGGACUAGCAGCCGAAAAGAGUCCACUGGGACCAAGCCCAACGUCCCGAACUUUGUCAUCAGCAUCUACGCGCUGGUUCCGUCCAUGAUCAUGCCGUCCAUCUGGACGCAAUAUGGCAAGAUCGAGCACAACCAAUUCACUCCACAUUCACGAGCCAAGCUCGAGAAGGCGCGGUACAAGCACACCCGCGGCGCUUGCGUCGUGUAAGUCGUAGUCGAAAAGCCAUGCCCCUCCUACAUCACGGAAUUCUUUUCUUGCCG